CCUUUCUCAAAUAUACACUCCUUCAUUCAUCCUCUGUUGCCAACAACAAGGAACAGAGAAAGCGAGAGAGUCAUUUCCUGAAUCCCCAACAAACACCAUCCAGCUGCAAAUCUCAUCACCAAGUUUACUUUUAUAUACAGAGAGAAAGAAAGAGUUAGAGAGCAGCCAUGGGUGUGGAUUACUACAAGGUUCUUCAGGUGGACCGCAAUGCUAAAGACGAUGACCUCAAGAAAACCUAUCGUAAACUCGCCAUGAAAUGGCACCCUGAUAAGAACCCUAAUAACAAAAAAGAAGCCGAAGCCAAAUUCAAAACCAUCUCUGAAGCCUACGAUGUUUUGAGUGAUCCGAAAAAGAGAGCCAUUUAUGAUCAGUACGGCGAGGAUGGAUUGAAGGGGCAGGCGCCACCACCGGGUCCUGGUGCGUUUUCCGGCAUGUCAGAUGGAGGCUCUGCGACAUUUAGGUUUAAUCCUCGAAAUGCAGAUGAGAUUUUUUCAGAGUUUUUUGGGCACUCGAGCCCAUUUGGGGGAAUGAGGGACAUGAGAGGAUCACGUUCAUCAAGUUCAUUUUCCCGGAGUAUUUUCAAUGAAGAUCCAUUUGCCCAGUUCAGAAGCGGUGGUGGUGGUGGUGGUGGAGAAGGGUUCUCCGCCUCCGCCAGUAUGCCCUGUAGAAAAGCCGCGACAAUUGAGCGACCAUUGCCAUGUAGCUUGGAGGAUUUGUAUAAAGGAACUACAAAGAAGAUGAAGAUUUCAAGAGAUGUUGCUGAUCAUACUGGGAGAUCGACUACAAUUGAAGAGAUUUUAACAAUAGAUAUAAAAGCGGGGUGGAAAAAAGGCACAAAAAUAACAUUCCCGGAGAAAGGAAACGAAGGGCGAGGAGUGAUUCCUUCGGAUCUUGUUUUCAUAAUUGAUGAAAAACCGCAUCCGGUGUUAAAAAGAGAUGGUAAUGAUCUUGUUAUGACCCAAAAGAUAUCAUUAUGUGAAGCUUUAACCGGUUAUAUUGUGCAAGUUUCAACACUUGAUGGAAGAAGCUUAACAAUUCCCAUAAACUCUGUAAUUUCCCCAAAUUAUGAAGAAGUUGUCAAAGGAGAAGGGAUGCCUACGCCUAAAGAACCCACAAAGAAAGGGAACUUAAGAGUUAAGUUUACUAUCAAGUUUCCUUCAAGACUUACAUCGGAUCAAAAAACCGGCAUUAAGCGACUUUUGACGUGUUCUUGAUUAAUUUUUCUUUUAUAUUUUUUUGAGUGUUUUUUUUAUUCGGUUUUAUGAAUGGGAUCUUGGAUUUGAUUUUUUUUUAUCGGAGGUUUUAGACAUUUUGAAUGUGUUUGUGUGAAUUUUGUGCCUUUAGAUGUAUAUGUUAUUAUUUGGUGUACACUACUGAUAAUUUGAUAUAUGAAUGGUUAACUUGAGG